CCCCUGUAAAUUAGUCACUACAUUAGUUGUAGAAGUAUCUGUUGAGCCCCCACGCAAAGUCUUUGUAUGGCAUAUACACCUUUAAUUUUCAGAGCAAGGUGUCAGCUGUCACAGCAAUUACAUUACAGAGCAUAUUGCUGGCAGUUACUUAUUGGCAUAUACAGUUGGAAAAUGAAAGUAAACAAUUCCUGCAACAAAUUCCACUCGAAGCGGGAGCAAGGUACAACAUCUAAAACAUGAAUCUCACAAUCUGCUAGGAAGAUUAUUAACUGAAGACGCUAUAAGAACAUAAAAUGCAUGAUAUCUGACCAACAGUGCAAUCCUAUACAUGACUUAUUCCCAUGCAAGCAAGUCCUUGGAGUCAAGAACACAUUCCAUCCAGGCAAGCACUCUCAAAGAAGGAGCAAAGCAAGACCAGUACAGCCCUGUUUUUCUGAUCUCCUGACCCAUGUGUUCCUCAUCAAUGACUGUUUGCAUCUUAAUCGUUCUACAGGUCUCCCACGUGCUAGUAAUUGCAGCUCAGUUUGCAAUCAUUCCACCUCCAAAGCCUGUAAUUGGUUUCCUUGGAAAGGAAGUAAUCCUGCCAUGUCAGCUAGAAUCUUCAAGAAUAUCAGAAGACAUCCACAUCAGCGUCCAGUGGAUCUUUGUUAACUCCUCAAAAACAAUUGAUGUGAAGUCCUAUGAUAAUCGAAAUGGGAUGGAAACGCAGGAUAACAGAUACCGGGGUCGAACAGAGCUAUCUCAUACUGAGCUUAAUAAAGGGAACAUGUCUCUGGUUCUGAAGAACAGCCAGAUCUCUGACCAAGGAAAAUACAUUUGUAUGAUCCAUCUUGGAGACUGGUUUGAUAAGGUGGUCACUGAGUUGGUUUUGGCAGCAAAAGGAACAGAGCCCACCAUUGCCUUGGUGAAUUAUAAUGGCCAGGGGAUUGACCUUACCUGUAGCUCCAAAGGUUGGUAUCCAAAGCCCCAGGCUCUCUGGCUGGACAGUAAUGGCAAAAUCCAAAGGGAAGAGUCAGACACUACAAAUGCAGAGACCACAGCAGGGAACUUCAGUGUUUCCAGUUCCAUUACGAAAGAACCAGGAGUCGACAGUGAAGUCUCUUGCAAAAUCAUCAGCCCAAUGCUACAAAUGGAGAGUGAAUCCAGAAUCCUGAUCUCUGAUCCCUUUUAUCCUGCCACUCCGCCUUGGCUAGCACCCUACAUAGUCAUUCUCCUCCUUUUCAUCUGUCUUGUUGCUGCUGUGACGUAUACACUGGGACAGAGUUAUUUGAAGGUAUCGCGAUAUGAAAAGCAGAAGACUGAAACAAAAAAUGACCAAGAUCAUCUAAUCCAAGCAAUAGAAACCGAGAAAUGCACAGGAAAAGGAAUGGUUGCUGAACAAAAGAAACGUUCUGAUCAACUCGGAUAUGAGCUGGAGGUCAGAAGAGCUCAGAGUCAUGCAGUUGCCAUCACUUUGGAUUCAGAUUAUAAACAUCCAGAUGUCAUCAUCAGUGAGAAUAAAAAGAGUGCCAGCCUUAAAACUCUCAUUCCGGGGCAAGCAGGAACUGUUGUGGGGGGUCGGAUUGUUGUGGGGAAAGAGGGUUAUACUGCCGGGAAGCACUACUGGGAGGUAAAGGUUGGAGACAGGUUGAACUGGGAGCUGGGGGUCCUGACUCAGGCUGAAAGGGACAAGGCCAGACAGGAGAGGUUUGUUAAGCCCCUUAGGGAAGGAUGCUGGGCCCUGAGACAUGUCAGAGGAGAGUUAUUUUCUAGUCAAGAUGAGAAAAAGGUUGAAAAGAUGCGGGAUGUGACUUAUUCAGUAAUUGGCUUGUUACUGGAUCAAGAAGCAAAUGAUUAUAAAAUCUCAUUUUAUAAUGCCGGACACCCAUUCCUUAUAGUCUGUAUCCCUAUUGAAUCAACUGAGAAAUUACACCCAUUUUUAAGUUUUGGCAAGCCUUCAGAAGACAAAGAUCAGAUUCCCAACCCCCUUUAAGAAUUUCCAACAGAAAGAACUGUUCGCCAGGAAGAAAAGUUGACAUGAAACUCCCAGACGUCACAAAAAGGGUAAAAUAAGGGGGAUAGUACUGGACAUACCAGCAAAGCUUAACUGUUGUGGAUAGUUUGAUUUGUUUUCCCUAUUUUUAAAUGCUUCCUAUGGAUACACAUUUAUUUACGGCAUGAAUUCAAUCCCCAUAGGAAUCCAAUGCUGCCCCUCAACCAGGCAUUCUGUUCUAGAAUCCCUUCUCUCACACACACAGCUUUCCUGGCCAAUGGUAGCACCAGAGGAUAGACUGUGCCAUUACUCUGUAUUUUCUUUUAUUGUUGUGGCAUGAGCCUCUAACCGUCAUAUUUGUAUUAUGCUAUACUUUCAAAUAAAAGUUAACUAAAAACUGAA